AUGAAUGCCCCGAUCCCACCCAACUACGGCCGUGGGUUCCCCCCACAAGCCGCCCAACGCUCCCCUGCCACGCCUCGUCGCGGUCCUCCAGGUCCUGCUGCUGCGAUGCCUGUCCCCAUGCCUCAGCACGCCGUUCCCCCUCAAUACAUCCCUCCCCAGCGCAACAUGCAGCCUCCCAAUGACGCCGCCCUGCGUCGCAGCCGCAAACCCACCGACAAGAACAUCCCCGACGGCAUUGAGGAAGUAAUCAUCGGCGAAGGUGUGCAGCAGUACAAGAGCCUCCGCGACCUGGAGAAACGCCUCGAUGCAGCCAUUGUCCGUAAGCGCCUGGACAUCCAGGACUCCAUCAGCAAGACUGUCAAGAAGUACCGCACGAUGCGCAUUUGGAUCUCCAACACUGUCGAAAACCAACCCUGGCAGACUGCCAACGGUGCCGCCCCCGGAAGCAACCCCGGCUCCGGACGGUACAAGGUGCGCAUCGAGGGACGUCUUCUAGACGACGACAGCGACCCGACCGCCCCGGAGGACAGUGACGACGAAGCUACCGAGCAGACAGACAACGGCGACGCAAUGGAGCAAGAUGGCCCUAACGCCAAUGCCACGACCAAGAAGUCAUCCAACAAGCGCUCCAAGCAGCGUUUCUCGCACUUCUUCAAAUCCAUCACCGUCGACUUCGACAAGUCCUCCACCGCCAGUCCGGAGGAAGUCAAGCCAAUCACCUGGACCAAGCCGCAAUUACCCCCUAACACCGUCACCCUGCCACCCACGGCAGACUUUGACUCGAUGCAGUUCGCCCGCGCGUCACAGGAGAACCUGAACGUGACAUUCAGUCUCGUGCGCGACGAGACACCAGAACGGUACAAGCUCAGCAAAGAGCUAGCAGAAGUACUAGACGUGGAGGAAGAAACACGAAGCGGCAUUGUCCUCGGCAUCUGGGACUACAUCCGCGCCAUGGGCCUACAAGAAGACGAAGAGAAGCGACUCGUCCGCUGUGACCAUCGUCUCCGAUCGAUCUUCGGCCGCGACCAAAUGUUCUUCCCCCAAAUCCCCGAAAGCAUCGGCCCACACACCAGCCCUAUCGACCCCAUCCACCUCCCCUACACCAUCCGCGUCGACGAAGACUACCACAAGGACCCGACCCCCACCGUCUACGACAUCCAAGUCGCCCUGGAAGACCCUCUCCGCUCCAAGAUGCUCGCCCUCACCCAGAACCCGCAAUACACGGCAUCCAUGCGCCAGAUCGCCACGCUAGACGACCAGGUCGCUCUCAUCGUGCAGGCCCUGACGCACUCCCGCGCCCGUCACUCCUUCUACACGGCUCUCAGCAAGGAUCCCGCGACUUUCGUCCGCCGCUGGAUCAACUCCCAGCGCAGAGACCUGGAGACUAUCCUCGGAGAGGCGACGCGUGGUGGUGGCGAAGAUGCUAGUGGUCCUGAGUUCCGUCGUGGUGGUACAGAUGGCGUUUGGGAUACGACUGUGGCGAGGGAAGCGGUGCGGUAUAUGCUUGCGAAGCCGGAGGCGGCGAUGGGGAGGUGA